AUGGCGCCUGCUUUCACGGACCUCGCUGCAAGAGACGAUUCUGCCAUCACUAAAGGCCCCGGAGAUCACCAGCGAAGGGAGCGUAAUGAACAGGGCGCGUUCCUCGUCACUGAAAUUGAGGAGAAAUUUGGCUGUUUUGAUUGGCUUCGUCUACGUGAUCUCCCUAUCACCUUCAUCUCUGACAUGGUACACUGUAUUCAGCUAUAUGGGGAACUAAUCACGAAUUCCCAGCAAGAACCGAAACGGCAUGAUGAUGUAACGAAAGUUUCUCCACAUCAAAGUACUGCGGAAAUCAGAUUAAGGGAGCUGUACAAAGGCGAAGCUGUCGACGUUUCUGACGUGUCGCAGGAGAGCUGUGAAGAAGAGUUGUUCACUUGUAGCAAAAAAGAGAGAAAUGACGCAAGGUCAGUCUUAUUGCGCGACCAGCCCGAAGAUUCAAAAGAUUCGAGUGUAGCAGAUUAUCUUCAACCGCCCCAAUCUCACUCUUCUAGGUCAGACUCAAUCCCGUCUUCAUCUAGAGACUCCAUUGAAGAAAAACCUCAGAUAGGACCAAACACCGACUCCAAGUUUGAAAAUGAAAUGUUCAAGGAGAUCCCAAUCACGGACCUCUUACAGAGUGAGAAUUCUACCGAAAAUGUGUGUGCAUGUCAAUCAGGAAACGGCGCGCUCAACAAUGGUGAUGUGGAACUUGAAUACUAUUACGACCCAGAGUUUGACCAGGAUAACGAAGAAAGGAGUGAACGUGUUGACGACGUUGAUUUCGACUGCAAUGAAGAUCUCAGUGAUGGAAGUGCUAUCAGCGGCCAAGAUGAAUACCGUCCAAGGAAAUGUCCUACGAAGCAAAACGUCAGAAAGAAAUGGAACCUUUCUGCCUCAGCAUUUUCGGGUCGACAGGAAUUGACAGGCGAAAUAAGACUGAACAAUAACUUCACCCCGAUCUCAGCGAUGUUCGGUGCAUCAUCCCGCGAACUUCUCAGUCAUUCCCAUACGGGUUCUGGAAAUGAUGAGGUCAGAUCUGUGCUAAAAGCGGUGCAAAUCUCGAAGCGCUUCACAACGUGCUCAUCAUUAUACCUGAGAAACGAAAGAGAGCCAUUCGUGGAUCGACUGAUCACCGUGGGUGAGAAGUGGCUUUUUCCUAACAGCAAAGGCCAUCUGAAGACAUUCGAGUGUCAACCGGUGCUGCUCCGUGUGUGGUGGUCAGCCGAUGGAGUACUGUUUCAUGCGUUCCAUCGUGCUACCGAAGCGAAAUCUGCAGAAGUUUUCUGUCACCAAAUCGAGUACGUGCACAAGGAACUGUCCAAGAAUUUGCCCAAGGGGCAAGAUACAGGAGUCAUUCUGCUUCAUGACAACACUCGAUCAUAUGUGACACGGGACUCGAUACUGCAAUUAGCCAAAUUCGGUUUUGAAGUCUUAUCAUAUCCAGCGCAAUCUCCUGAUCUCUUACCUUCUAGUUUUUAUUUCUUUAAGCAUCUCACUGAUUUCUUGGCGCCAAGGAAGCUUGCUGAUAGAACCGAUUUGGAAUGUGCUGUAUUUACUUUCUUGGAAUCUAGACCACCAGAAUUCUAUAGAGACGCUUUUAGUGAGCUUGUUGUACGAUGGCAAAAAUGUAUUGAGUGCAAAGGGAAUCACUUUUCUUGA